UGCCGCUGGUUUGUUUACGUUUUAUCGCGUGCUCUCUCCGGUUUGCGGUGCUUUUCGGUUCGCUUGCUUUUGGUGGAAAAUUCUAAACAUUGCACGGUUCCCCCGGAGGGGUUGGCUUACAGUGCUGUGUAUUCCCGGUCGCUCUCUGGCGAACAGCUGUUUGUGUACAAAGUGUUGACCCCCUGCGCCAAACCUUGCAUACAGUGGACAGUUUCAGAAGCAAAGAAUAAAAAGCACGUGGUCUAUCGGUGCGGUCGGUGUGUGUGUGUGCCCUUUUUUCAUCGCUGGAACGACGCAAGCGACGCAUGACCACACUCUUCACGGUGUUUGAUUGAUAUCCAUUUCGCUCUCCCACCCACCGGUUUUUCGGGCGCACUCGACGGAAGAAAACGUCAACCCACACGUCACCUAGAGGAAUUAGUGCACCAUCGAGCGGUAACGAUGGUAACGGGCAACGAGAGUAACGUUGAUCUGCCGGCGGAACCACCAGCCACCGCCACCACUGUAGCAACGGCAACGGCGAUGGACACAACCAGCGACGCCCCGGGGCAACCGAACCGUAAGCUCGGCGGGUUUGAGUUCUACGAAAAGGUGCUCCGUUCGCCGCGGUACGUCGUGGCACCGAUGGUGGACGCUAGCGAGCUGGCCUGGCGGCUGCUGAGCCGCCGGCACGGCGCACAGCUCUGCUACUCGCCCAUGUUCCACAGCAGCUGCUUCACCAAGGAUCCGAAGUAUCGGAAGGACUCGCUGCAAACCUGCCCGGAAGACCGGCCGCUGAUUAUACAGUUCUGCGGCAACGAUCCGAAGAUAAUGCUGGAGGCGGCCCUGCUCGCCCAGGAUCACUGCGACGCGAUCGAUAUCAAUCUCGGCUGCCCGCAGGCCAUCGCCAAGCGCGGCCACUACGGUGCCUUCCUGCAGGACGAAUGGGAGCUGCUGCGGGAGAUCGUAAGCACGCUGCAUCGCCAUUUGGCCAUCCCGGUCACGUGCAAGAUACGCAUCUUCGAGGAUAUGGCGAAAACGAUUCGCUACGCCCGAAUGCUGCAGGACGCCGGCGCCCAGAUGCUGACCGUGCACGGGCGGACCCGCGACCAGAAGGGCCCGCUGACCGGGCUGGCCGACUGGAAGUAUGUGCGGGUGCUGCGGCAGCAGCUGAGCAUACCGAUCUUCUCGAACGGCAACAUCAUGUCGGUGCACGACGUCGAGCGGUGCAUCGCCGAGACGGGCGUCAACGGGGUGAUGACGGCGGAGGGCAACCUGCACAAUCCGGCCCUGUUCGAGGGCGUGAAUCCGACCGCCUGGAGCAUGGCGCACGAGUAUCUGGAUCUGGUCGAGCAGUACCCGGCCCCAAUAUCGUACAUCCGCGGGCAUCUGUUCAAGCUGUUUCAUCAUCUGAUGCACUUGAAAUCGAAUGCCGCCCUGCGGGAGAAGCUUGCCGGCAGCCACUCGGUCGCCGAGUUCCGCACCGUCGUAACGCAGCUCGAGCAAAAGUAUCUGCCCUACCACGAGGGAACGCUUCUCUGGACGGGAGAGGACGCCAAUGACGCAACGACCAACGACGAUGACACUACUAGCACCGCUACCGAAAAUGGACAGCAACCUUCCUCUCCCCACCGCGCCAAACUGGACCAAAAUCUGCACCUGCCCCCGUGGCUCUGCCAGCCGUACAUUCGCGCUCCGCCCGAGGUGCACCGGCAGAAGCUGGAGGAAGCGCACCGGCUGGCGAACGAUCCGACGCGCGAGAAGCGCCAGUUCUUUGACGCCCAUGGGAAUGAAAUUUCACGCAAACGGAUGAAAAAGAUGCGCCGCGUGCAGCGUCGCCCCAAGAACAAGAACCGGGCGCAGCAGCGUGUCCUAAACGGUGCCGGUGGAGGGGCAGGAGGACAGGCCGCUUGCUCGCAGGAUAACGAUGAGAGUGGCGACGAUGGGGAGGAAGAGGAUGACGAAGAAGGCCAGCAGCAGCAGCAGCAGGAGAACAACAUCGUACGGAUGAAUAUUUCGCUCGCGGAAGCGAACGGCCGGCGGCGACGGUUCGAUGAGCUGUGCAAAAAUGACGCACCGAACUGUACCAAUCCGAUGGGUAUGAAAUGUGAGCACCGUUUAUGCCGGACGUGCUGCAAGGGCAAAUGCUACCGGGAGAACCGCGAUUGCGCAGGGCACAAAAUACGCAUCAAGUCGAGGCGCGAGAAGGCGAUCGCACUGACGCGGGCGGAACAGGAGGCGCAGAGAAAGAUCGACGAGGAGCAGGAGCAGCAAAAGUGCGCGGAGGUGGAAAUGUUGGUGCCGGCGGAAGAGCCUACCAUCGAACGAAGCUGAUCGGUGGAUGUAAUUGUGAAAGUGAAAAGCGUCUCGACCGGGGGACGGAUUAAUGUUUGACGGGGUCUAAUAAAAAUAUCUUUCCUUGACUAGGGUGCGUGCCAAAGUGGCGCACAAUGGCCAA